AUGAAAAAAAAUUUUGCUUACUUUCCGGCAGAUAAUUCAGAGGUGAUUCCUAAUGCUCCAAAUUUCAAGCUAACCACUAAUCCCCAAAGAGGCCAAGACCCAUAUCCUCAUCGUAACUUCGAAAGUGCUUAG